AUGGCAGCCAGCGGCAAUGUUACUUACCUGCCCUACCAAGAUUGUUACAAUGUCACGCCACAGUGUCCCGUCGAGCUCAGCAUCUACGGCUAUUAUCCCAACAUCGGCGCGAAUGCUUUUUUCGUGGGCUAUUUCUUUAUGGCAGGGGCUCUUCAACUAUACGCCGGCAUCCGCUACAAAACAUGGACAUACCUUCUCGCCAUGUUCCUUGGUUGCGUCGAUCAAGGGCUCGGCUACAUAGGCCGUGUGAUGCUGCACAGCAACCCCUACGACAGCGUCGGCUUCCAGAUUCAGAUUUGCUGCCUCAUUCUCGGUCCCGCGUUCAACUCUGCCGCGAUAUAUCUCGUCCUCAAGCACAUCACGCUCUGUUUCGGUCCGGAGUACUCGCGCAUCCCGCCAAAAUGGUACACGCGCAUCUUUAUCACUGGCGAUCUGGCCUCACUCAUCAUCCAAGCCGUCGGAGGAGCAAUGGCAGCUACUUCUAUGGACAAUAAGUCUCGCCAAAAGAUUGGCGACCAUAUAAUGAUGGCCGGUAUAUGCUUCCAGGUCGUGACGCUCUCCUUUUUCGCGAUCGCGUCACUCAUAUACAUCACCACACGAUACCGCGCAAAGACUCCCCUGCCCGCCGAAGCGAGGAUGUUCCUGAGAAGCACCAAGUUCCGCCUCUUCGCCAUCGGUCUCGUCGCGGCCUUCACCUGCAUCUUCAUCCGAUGCGUCUACCGGAUCAUCGAGAUGGCAGGCGGCUGGGGCAACCCCAUCAUGCAGAGUGAGGUCCCCUUCAUCGUCCUCGACGGCACCAUGGUUAUCAUCGCCACGACGAUUCAAACACUCUUACAUCCAGGAUGGUGUUUCCCGCGCCUGUCGAGUGCGUACGUGCCACCGGUGGCAAGCAACACCGGACUCUACGGCCGCAACGGAGGAGCAGAGUUGGAUACGGUCGAGAAGAAGGAUGGCAUCACCGGAGACAACACGGAUGCUUUGUAA